CCCGGCGGCAGGCACGUGCGUCCGCGGCGCCCCCGUCCUCCACACUGCGCGCUGGCCGAGGGCGGGGCCGGCGCUCCCUCCUCUCCUCCCCCGGCUCGGCCGGCCUCCCGCGGGCGGCGGCAUUCGGCACCCGGCUAGCUGCGAGCACCCGGCGGAGCCAUGGACUGCGACGGCCGCGUGUCAGGGCUGCUGCGCCGCAACCUACAGCCCACGCUCACCUACUGGAGCGUCUUCUUCAGCUUCGGCCUGUGCAUCGCCUUCCUGGGGCCCACGCUGCUGGACCUGCGCUGCCAGACGCACAGCUCGCUGCCCCAGAUCUCCUGGGUCUUCUUCUCACAGCAGCUCUGCCUCCUGCUGGGCAGCGCCCUCGGGGGCGUCUUCAAGAGGACCUUGGCCCAGUCAUUAUGGGCCCUCUUCACCUCUACCCUGGCCAUCUCCCUGGUGUUUGCUGUCAUCCCCUUCUGCCAUGAUGUGAAGGUGCUGGCCUCGGUCAUAGCACUGGCGGGCCUAGCCAUGGGCUGUAUCGACACUGUGGCCAACAUGCAGCUGGUGAGGAUAUACCAGAAGGACUCAGCCUUCUUCCUCCAGGUACUCCAUUUCUUCGUGGGUUUUGGUGCUCUGCUGAGCCCCCUGAUUGCUGACCCCUUCCUGUCAGAGGCCAGCUGCUUUCCUGCCAACAGUACAGCCAACGCCACCUCCAGAAACCACCUGUUCCAUGCCUCCCGGGUCCUGGGCCAACACCAUGCAACAGCCCAGCCUUGGUCAAACCAGACCAUCUCCAGGCGACCCCCAAAGGAUGUGGCAGAGAACCACGUAUCCUAUGCCUUCUGGAUCAUGGCCCUCAUCAAUCUCCCAGUGCCCCUGGCUGUGCUAUUCCUGCUGUCCAAGGAGCGGCUGCUGACCUGCUCCCAGAGGAAGCCACUGCUCCUGCCCGCAGAUGAGCUUGCACUGGAGACCCGGCCUCCUGACAAGGAAGACACCUCGCUGGCCCCCAAGUUUCAGCCACACCCAGGGCAGGAGGACCUGUUCAGCUGCUGCCAGAGGAAGAACUUCCGGGGAGCUCCUUGCUCUUUCUUCGCCAUCCACAUCACAGCUGCUCUGGUUCUGUUCAUGACAGAUGGAAUGAUGGGUGCGUAUUCUGCCUUUGUGUACAGCUAUGCUGUGGAGAAGCCACUGUCUGUUGGACACAAGGUGGCCGGUUACCUCCCCAGCCUCUUCUGGGGCUUUAUCACGCUGGGCCGGCUCAUCUCUAUCCCUGUCUCCUCAAGAAUGAGGCCCGCCACCAUGGUAUUCAUCAAUGUGGUGGGAGUGUUGGUGACAUUCCUGUUCCUGCUUAUUUUCUCCUACAAUGUCAUCUUCCUGUUUGUGGGAACAGCAAGUUUGGGCCUGUUUCUGAGUAGCACCUUCCCAAGUAUGCUAGCCUACACUGAGGACAUCCUCCAGUACAAAGGCUGUGCGACCACAGUGCUGGUGACCGGGGCAGGAAUUGGCGAGAUGGUCCUGCAGAUGCUGGUUGGUUUGAUCUUCCAGGCCCAGGGCAGCUACAGUUUCCUGGUCUGUGGCAUGAUCAUUGGCUGCUUGGCUUUUAUCUUCUACGUCUUGCUUCUAUUUUUCCACAGGAUGCACCCUGAACUCUCAUCAGUUCUUACCCAGGACAAACCCCUUGGCUUGGAGAACUCUGAGUGCUACCAGAGGUGAGAUGGGAUGCUGGAGGCAGGUGAAGACCUCAGCCUCUGGAGCAACAAGGUGACGAAAUUGACACAGGAAGCCAAGGGUGACAGAAGAGGCCUCUCCUGCCACCUUUGUGUGAUUCUUCUCCAUUCAUACUAAACCAAGAAGUUGAAUCCUGGUCCCUGGGUUUUUCCUGGACAAAUCAUUAGGGAACCUGGCAUUUUUGUUAUUUUCCUCUUCUGUGAUUCAGACUUUCAGUCCAUGACAGCCAGAUGGGAGGGCAAAAGACAGCUCUCAUAUCACUCCACCAUCAUCAGGCACGGACCAUACCCUGGGUCUGAGAUCACCUUUAGUUGAGGUUUGAAAAAAAGAAUGUUGAAAUUGUAAAGCCCUUUGAUCAUUGCUAGUUGUAGAUAUAUUUUCAACUAAUCCAAACUCCCAAGCAUGUUGAAAGGACUCAUGUGUUGCUUACUUACUCAUGGUCCAAAGUCCCUCCCAUUCCUGCUGUAGAAAUCAAUAGUUCAUCUGUAUCCUAAGACAGCAAAAAGAGAUGUUGAAUCCUGCUUUCUUUGAAACACUCGUUCAGUGGUACACUGGGCUAGCUUGGCCCAGCUUAUAAAAGCUGACUGCUAAAUUUUCGUUUUGAGAGCUAGUUGUUAAGUGCAGCUGUGAUUAAAAAUUAAUUUAUAAAUAAGCAAAGAUAAUACUCAACAUUGAUAAUUUUGCCAUAACUGAUGCUCCAGAGGUCAUUAUGUCCGUGGCACCCAGGUGGUGGCAUUGCUACACAACAGCAUGCCACCGGGCUUCUCCCAGCUGCCCAGUAACAGACAAUGGGUAGCUUGAAGGCAACCAUGGUGCAGAAGUGGGCCAAGGUACACGUCAUGGCUGUCCCCAGGAAGCCAACUGUUAAGCAUUUACCAGCAUGCUGAUGCUAAUAAUCAAUGCUAAUUAGUCCAGAAAGCACCUGGGAGAAUAAAAUGGACAUCCUAUUUUUCUUUACUGACAUCCAAAAGGUACAGAUGCAGCAGAGAACUUUAAAAAGUAGCUCAUUGAAAUUUUGUAUCUUUUAUAGAGGAAAAAUUUUAUACUAUGUCAAGGUCUUUGGUUUUUUUUUUCCAUAAAAAGCUGGGACUACGGAAUAAUUCAAGCCACGUGAUAGAAAGUACUGUCUGUCAGGAAUUCCCACUAUGCCAAGCACAGAGGGUCAGUAACAGAGAAUGCAUGCUCACAAGUUCAGGCAGGAGUGAGAGUACAAGGCUUUUGGAGCCACCCAUGCGGCAGUUACAGUGACUUCUGGAAGUAAUGAAAUAGCAGCUCCAGUAAUUGGUUUACCUGUGCAUUCGCUGUGAGUAUACAGAUGUGCAUGCAUAAAUGUGAAAAUUCGGUGAAUGAUGGUCCCGGGGGACAAUAGUUCACACAGAGCACAGAGACCUGGGUAAAGUACUGCCCUCACUUUCUAGCUGUGUAACCCUAAAAGAGCCCCAGCAUUUCCAACCUCACUUGUUUUUACCAGUGUGGUGGCAUCUCUAGAAGCAUCCUACCUCACAGGAGUUCUGAGAGAAUUAAGUGAGUUUGUAUGAAGUAUUUGCUAUAUACCCAACAUGGAAACUGCCUAAUGAAUGUUAAGUGUUUUUACUUUUAAAGCCUCAUAAGAAAUCAUUCAUGUUUGGUACAUAUUUAUUGCAACUCAAAUAGAUCCAAUUUUGGAAGGCUGGUGGUCUACGGGAAUAGUUUUAACUGUAAAAAAAGUAUGAGAUACCAGCCAGAUUGAAAUGUGCAAUCUAACUGUAAUUACUGACCUGGGCAAAGAGAAGGCAAUUGUAUUUUUCUUGUAGUUUUCCAAGAAAAUAUCAUUUUUAUACAGAUUUUGAAAGAAUCAAUGGUUAUAUCUAAGUUGAUGAUUAAUAUGUUAAUAUAGAAAACAAAAUUAAAACG